AUGGCAGGACUGUUGGUGUUUCCAUACUACCCAAACACGGAGCCAAUUCACUCUAUACAAGAUGACGAUCCCAGGGAAUAUAAGGAUAAGAAUCCCUCUCAAGUGAAGGAUUUGGUUGGGAAGCUUGUCACUAACUGUGAAAGUGAUGGAGAAGUUCCUAAUCAUGAUGAAAAGAGACGGCUACUUUCUAACAAAUCUAUGGUGGCAGUUGGAGCUGGGGCAACAGCAAUUUUUGGAGCUUCGUCUCUUUCCAAAGUUGUUCAUGCAUCGACAUUCAUGAAGGUUGUUACAUUUAAAUCUCCUACUGCCCUUAAGGUUUUGCUGAUCCAAACUCAAAAAAUAAUGGCAAUAUCUAUGGGCAAGACUCUUGGUCCAACAAAACUGCUGGCCCCUGGACUGGCCAAUUCUGGAGCCAAUGCAACAUCUGCGUUGAAAGCAGCUGUUUCUGCUGAGAAAAUCCGGACAGUAGUCCACAGUGUUAUAGCCUCUGCUGAGAAAACCAGUUUUUCAACUAUGAGAACAGCUUUCUAUGAAAUAAUGAGAAAACGGCAGGUGCAACCUAUUGGUGUCCUACCUUGGGCAGCGUUUGGUUGCAGUGUUGCAACUUGCUCAGCAUUGCUCAUGUAUGGAGAUGGGAUUGAAUGUGCUGUUGAAUCUCUUCCUGCAGCCCCGUCAAUUGCCAGUUUGGGUCGUGGGAUUCAAAGUUUGCACCAGGCAUCUCAAGUAGUUGUGCAGACAGAUGGCACCAGAAUACAAACAUCUAUACAGUCUUUGAUGAACAGGUUGAGGAAAGUAAAGAUGCAAUAA